ACACUUCAUUCGCCAUGGCCAACACUAUCUUCAUUGGGAAAGAAUUUGCCUCGCUUGAUGAUGCUCAAAAUGCUCUCAUAGGCUUCUCCAACAGCCAGGCAGCAACCCACCGCGUUAGCAAGAGUGAUAAGAGUCGGCUGAUUGUGAAGUGCAGGGUGGAGAGCUGUGGAUUCUAUGCGUCGGUUGGGGGCAAAGACGGGGUCUUCCGUGUACACAAUCUUGAAGCCAAUCAUACUUGUCAGACACAUGCUAUCAAGCCUCGUGCAGCUACAAGUCGAACUCAGCUCCUUGUUGCCGAGUUGAAGAAGAUCAUGCCUGUUGAUGGCCGAGUCAAGACGUCAACCAUGAUGGACACCCUUCGAUGGCAUAACAUCAGUGUUAAGCCUCAGCAAGCCUAUCGAGCAAAGCGGCAGAUUAUUGGCAAUCACGUCGAGAAUCAGCUGAAGGAAUUCCAAACCCUCCCAGCUUAUGCAGCGCGUCUUGCAGCUUGCGACCCCGGAGCAACGAUCAAGAUUUCACUCGACUCAAAGCAUGCCUUCACGUGCUUGUUCAUAUGCUUGGCUGCUGCAAAGAGUGCAUGGUGUUCUGUCCAUCACUUUUUCGCAGUGGAUGGUGCAUUCACGAAGACAUGUCCUUCUCAUGGCGGUUACACAUGAUGCGGAAGACAAGCUGCUUGUCCUAGCGUGGGCUAUUGCACGACAAGAAGAUACCCGGACGUGGUCCUCAUUCCUCCAAUCACUCAAGGAAUCUCUCAACGGGCUCGAUAGCCCAACAACCACAAUCAUAUCCGAUCGGCAGAAGGGCUUGCUCAAAGCCAUCUCGGAUGAACUUCCGCUCGGUGAACAAGCAUUCUGCGUCAAGCACAUCAUUACGAAUGCAGUCCGACACUUUGACAAACCAGUUGAAGAUCACGUCUGGAACCUUGCCAAAGUGCCAACUGAGAAGGAAUUCAACAAACACUUAGACGCAGUCCACAAUGAUCAGAACGUCAAACCCGCGGCAGCACCUUAUCUCGCAGUCAUCGAACGAGCUGCAUGGGCAAGCUAUGCAUUUAUCGAGCCACGCUUUGGUCGACUCACAUCAAAUGCAGCGGAAGUCAUGAAUAAUGUCUUCCGUGAAACUCGUGAAUUACCGGUGCUUGAACUCCUCGACUACAUAUGGUGUCAUCAGAUGGCACACCAUUACAAGCGCCAGACGUAUGCUCUCACUCUGCCAUCAACCGAUUCCGAUUACGUAGCGAAGCACCUCAAGGUCUUCACCGACAAUUGUGUUGCUGCCUGGACUUUUAAAGUGACACCAUCGGUUCAUCUACAAGCUCUUGUCGAAGGACCAGGCGGAGACAAGUACGACGUGAUGUUGGAUCCAGAAUUGAAGGGGGGAAUGUGUUCGUGCCGGUUCUUCCAGCAGUACCUUGUACCAUGUGCACAUGCAAUUGCCGCUUGCUAUGAAUUCAAUCAAGCGCCCGGCAAGUACUUUGACAAGUGCUACCUCAACUCAACGCUGCAAGAAGCCUACCAAGUUCCAUACCCGAUGGUCUUGCUAUCUGAGCUAGAUCUGGACACCGCACUUGAUCCACCUCAGCGAAAGAUGCACCGUGGUCGUCCAGCAACUGUGAGGAAAGAGCCAGGAGCAGGUCCCCCUAGACAGACAAUGUAAUUAGAUACAUUCUGUGCGCAAGGAAUGAAGGGCAUUGUGGACGACGCCGGACGAAAAGGGCAUUAGAGACGUUUUGCGCGACGCGCGAGGGCAUCCUGGAAGAUUUCUCGCAGGAGGUUGACCUCCGGCGGUUUGCUCACGAACAACGAACUUGGCAGCAUCACCAGCGACAGCCGUGAGCAGGAGCCAGUCGACGUUGGCACUCGAGUUGAUGGGGCCAGGGAGGUUCAGCAGCUUCUUGCCUGUGACGAAGCCGCCUCCGGACACCUGGAAAUUGAAUACCGGUGUGAGGCUGCCGCUGGAAGUGUCGAAAUAGUGAUCGGCCAGCUUGAAUCCGCUCAUCUGGGCGAGUCUUGCGAGCCAAUUCUCGAGGGUGAUACCGCCAGCUAGGCCCUGGAGCUCGUGGAUGAUCCCCGCGAUGUUGGCGGAGAUUGCCUUGGAUUCCUGAACGCAGGAGAUGUCGAACAUCUGUGCAAU